AUGGGGAUACAGACAAUGGGUUCUCAAGGUGGGGCUGAUGGAAAUUGCAAACAGUCGCAGUUCCAGCCUUUGGCACGACAAAACUCAAUUUACAGUCUCACGCUCGAUGAGGUACAAAAUCAGUUAGGUGAUUUGGGGAAGCCACUCAGCAGCAUGAACCUUGACGAGCUUCUAAAAAAUGUAUGGAGUGCUGAGGCCAACCAGACCAUGGGUAUGGACAUUGAAGGCACUACACUGGUCAAUCAAGCUACACUGCAGCGUCAGGCAAGCCUGUCAUUAACUAGUGCAUUGAGCAAGAAGACAGUUGAUGAGGUUUGGAGAGAUAUUCAACAAAGCAAAAAUAAUGAGGAAAAGAAAUCUCAAGAACGACAACGUACUUUGGGAGAGAUGACCUUGGAGGAUUUCUUGGUAAAAGCGGGAGUUGUUGCUGAAGCUGAAGCAUCUUCAGACAAAAAGUGUUCUGCUCCUCUUGCCGUGGUUGAUGCGAAUGUGGCAUCUCAGUUUCCGCAAGGUCAGUGGCUGCAGUACCAACAACCACAAUAUCAACAUCCACAACAAAGUAUGAUGGGGGUAUACAUGCCAAGCCAACCUAUACCACCGCCACUGCACAUAGGGGCUGGUGCUAUAAUGGAAGUGCCGUAUCCUGACAACCAAGUUGCGUUGCCUUCACCCUUAAUGGGUACGUUAUCAGAUACACAGACACCUGGGAGGAAAAGGGGCAACCCAGAGGACAUAGUUGAGAAGACUGUUGAACGGAGACAGAAAAGAAUGAUAAAGAACCGAGAAUCUGCUGCUCGUUCACGAGCACGAAAGCAGGCUUAUACAAAUGAACUGGAGAACAAAGUUUCACGUCUAGAGGAGGAAAAUGAAAGGCUAAGGAAACAGAAGGAGCUAGAGAAGGUGUUGCCAAGUGCACCACCUCCCGAGCCAAAGUAUCAGCUUCGUAGAACGACGUCAGCUCCAUUCUAA